AUGGCUUCCUCUGCCAUUCUCAUGGGCCUGGGUGUGGCCACCGCCGCCUUCUUUGGGCGUGCUGGAUGGGUUGCUUUCCAGCGCUACCGAGGAGGGGUGGAUAAAAUGGGACGGGCGUUCUACAAAGGAGGGUUUGAACCGCGGAUGACUCGUCGCGAGGCAGCUUUGAUCCUCCAGCUCUCAGAGCGGUCCCUGACCAAGGAGAAGGUCCGCAAGAACCACCGUCAAUUGAUGCUCCUUAACCACCCGGACCGCGGUGGCAGUCCUUAUCUGGCCACAAAGAUCAACGAGGCGAAAGAGUUACUCGAUAAGGUUGUCUGA